AUGGCCACCAGAGUGAAGACUUGGACUGAAGAAAUCGUUGCUAGACGACAGCAUUCAGCGAUGGUCAGCAUGACCAGGAAUAUUCGUGAAUGGAACAACUUUUACUUGAACAUGUCACCUUUCACAUUUGGCCGUUCAGCUCACCUGACCGUCAUCCUCUUGAAUAAUACGUAUGGGGCGCGGGGACAAGCUGAUUCAUUCGUGGCCAUACGAGAGCUUUGGCUGAUCCUGUGGGUGGUUCUAUUGAAUGUACGUCAUCUGGGAUAG